AUGUGGUACUCGGUGGCUCUGCUCCUCUCUGGAUUCUCUGCUUUGAUCCACGUGUCGUUGCAGGGUCCACACCAGAGAAAUCUGCUGAAAAACCUCUUAAAGGACUACAAUCGGAUGGAGCGGCCAGUGGGCAACGACUCCCUCCCUCUCACCGUCGUCUUCUCCCUCAGUAUGAUCCAGAUCAUGGAUGUGGAUGAGAAGAACCAGGUGCUCACCACUAACAUGUGGCUACGGAUGAGUUGGUUCGACCACUAUCUCCAGUGGAACCAGAGCGAGCAUCCUGGAGUAAAAAACCUCCGCUUCACCACAGACCAGGUCUGGACACCAGACAUCCUGCUCUACAACAGUGCAGAUGAUGACUUUGACUCCACCUUUAAGACCAAUGUUCUGGUGAACUCCAGCGGGUACGCCGAGUAUAUGCCCCCAGGAAUCUUUAUGAGCACAUGCAACGUGGAUGUUCGCUGGUUCCCUUUUGACAUCCAGAAGUGUGAGCUCAAGUUUGGCUCUUGGACGUAUGACGGCUGGCUGCUGGAUCUCCAGAUGAACGAUGCUGACAUCUCAGGCUACAUGCCCAAUGGAGAGUGGGACUUAAUCGGGGUUCCGGGCACCAAAAACGAGGUCUUCUAUGAUUGUUGUAAGGAACCUUACCUGGAUGUGACAUUUGUUGUGACAAUACGGCGGCGGACGCUCUACUACGCCCUGAACCUGCUCAUCCCUUGUGUGCUGCUGUCUUCGAUGACGCUGCUCAUCUUCGUGCUGCCAGCUGACUCUGGAGAGAAGAUCUCACUGGGUAUCACCGUCCUGCUGUCUCUCACUGUUUUCAUGUUGCUGGUCGCGGAGAUCAUGCCUGCCACAUCUGACUCUGUCCCUCUUAUAGGUCAGUACUUCGCCAGUAUCAUGAUCAUCGUUGGGAUGUCAGUCAUCGCCACAGUGGUGGUUCUGCAGUAUCAUCACCACGAUCCAAAUGGAGGAAACAUGCCGAAAUGGGUGCAGCUCGUCUUGCUGCAGUGGGUGGCAUGGUUCUUACGUAUGAAGCGGCCAGGAGAGAACGAUGACCCAGAGCGGCCCCCGUGUGCCCCCCACUUGCGACGCUGCUCCUCGGGCUCCCAGAGCGGGAGCAUCCCAAACCCUCCGGACCCCACCCUCCACCCGCUGCACCCGCAGAACCUUGCUCCUCUCCAAACGGGGCCCCUCCACGCAGGGCACCCUCACCUCCACACCCAGUCCAGCGCUAACAACAACGGGAACCUUCUUUACAUGGGCUACCAGAGCAUGGAGGACCCUUCCAUGCUCUCGGAGCCUCUGCAGAGGAAUAACAUCUCCACAGGGCCUCCGCGGGUGGCAGGGAGCCCGCCUCCACACCUCCCAUCUCAGUUCUGCAGCUCCCCACCACCUCCCACCCCCAACAUGGAUACUGUAGGCUGCCCCAGCACUGUCUCCAGUGGAGGGGGCUUUGGAGGCGGUCCCGGAGGGCUUGGAGGGUGCUCCACUGCAGGUUUAGGAGACCCUCAGCUACAGGCCAUCUUGGAAGAGGUGCGGUACAUGGCCGACCGUUUCCGGGAGCAGGAUGAGUCCGAGAGUGUCGCCGACCAGUGGAAAUUUGCUGGCGCUGUAAUCGAUCGCCUGUGUUUGGUGGCGUUCAGCGUUUUCAACAUCAUAUGCACCAUCUCCAUCCUCAUGUCUGCUCCCAACUUUGUGGAGGCUAUUUCAAAAGACUUCGUUUGA